AUGGCAAGGAAGCAGACCCUGGUACUUGUGAUGAUUGUCAUUAUCUAUUGCGACGUGCGUUUUCAAGACAGCUACUCAAAGUUACAAUAUGGAUACAGACUGGAUAGAAAGGUGAUAACUUCUUUUGUUGAAUUCAGCAUUUUAGACUGUGCUGAGGAGUGUUUGAGAACAACACGAUGUAAAUCCGUGAGCUAUUACAAAGGAUCAAAUUUCUGUGAAAUAAACUAUGAGAACAAAUCGUCGGCCAAUGACAUAUUCUUGGAAAGUCCGGGGUGGAUCUACAGUGAACGGGAGGAUUGGCAUAUUGGUAUUGUAUCUUCUUGUUCGGCAUCAAAUUGUUCCAUCAAUGAAAAAUGCAAACCCUUACCAAUGGGCAAGUUUGAAUGUGUUUUAUCAGAUUGCGGCAUUCCAUCCCAGUGGGGGGUGAAUCUGAGCAGCGUCGGUAGAUGGGAAGGAAUUGGGAUUCACAGAUUCAUGAAACUUGACUGUUACCAAAAUUGCAGUCAGUCUGGUUCACCGAUGUUUGUUUGCGCACCAAACGGACAGUGGAAAACAAACAUGAAAUGUGGGUGUGUAUCGAGCUGGAUAGAGUACCAGGGUCAUUACUAUUACCAAGGUGAGAAGAGACUCAAAUGGACAGACGCCAAGCUGGAGUGUGAGAAGAGUGGUUCUCACCUGGUGGAGAUCAGGAAUCAAGAGGAGUCAGACUGGCUUGCCUCCACUUUUCUCGACAAAAGCACUUGUCCCUCAUCCGUUUAUGAGGUUUGUACAGCCUGGACAGGGGGAAACGAUCGUGAUAUUGAAGGUCAAUAUCGAUGGAGCUACUCCAAUGUGAUCAUAACCUUCACCGCCUGGUACAGAGGUCAACCGAGUGUAGGUUAUCCUGCACAAGCAGCGGAAAAAGACUGUGUCGACCUAUUUCGAAAUGGCAAAUGGAAUGAUAGACCAUGCUCUUACCUUAAUUCAUUUAUUUGUGAAAUGUCCUAUGGACAGUAGAAUUAUACUCUAAUUCUCCAGAAACACAAACUCGAUGUUUCUCAAUAAUAUAUUAUUUUUGUGAUACUUCACGUACAAUUAUCUUGCAUUCUAUCUCGUUUCUACAAAGAAUGAGGUAUAUUACUGUGUAUAUUUUAAGGUUAGCAUAUGUUAAAAUUUCCUCCUUAUUGCAAGUACAAAUGUAAAGUCAGCUCUUAUGUAUUAUAGUAAGUUACAGAAAUGUAGCAAAAAAGUAGAGAAAAAUCCUUAGAACUACCCAGUAUCGAAACCGGGACCUUAUUAUAUCUAA